AUGGAUGCAUCAGACACGCCGCAGUCUCUGCGCGCGCUCUUUGAUGCCGCUGAGGCGAAACGUCAAAUAGUUGAGAGCUCCUACGACGGCUCCUCCCCAACCUACGCCUCAGAGCUUGAAGCUGCCAUUUCUCUCUAUACCAAGACUCAUGAGGCUAUAGCGACCAGCUCUCUAUUCUCUCCCAACGAGGGUAUCGAGGAUGUGUCAACAUCAGAGCUCCCCUUCCUCCUCACCUCCUUCUACAUUGCUGAACUUGUCCAAAAAACACCCCGACUACAACCCCAAGAACGGAUACCGGUCCUUCGCCGUGCUCGCCUCGCCUACGAUGCGUUCCUGAAUCUCGUAGAUGCUUACGGCUUGGUGAAGUCGCCUUACGACCGCCUCCUCGAGCGCUACCAAGAUGACCGAGACGCUUUCGCUCUCGUCCCCAACACGGCCGACGCUGCCGCCAAGCGGAAUGGCAAGAUUGCGAGCUUCAAGGCCGAGAAGGCCCUCAAGGAGAAGCUCUCUAUCCUAAAAGCGAACCCGCGCUACCUCGAGAACGGAGACGAGGAGCUUGUCCGCGAGCUCUACCUCACCAACACGCUGUUCUGCAUCCACACGACGUUCACCUCCCUCGACUACCUCAACCGCGAACUCUCGCUCCUCUCCCUCGCGCCGCCGGCGCCACCCGCAGCAGCGCAAACAGAUCCAAGCAGGCCGCCGCCGGAGGUGGACCAUACUCUGCGCCUCGAUCAGCCCAUGAGCCAGCUCCUCGGCAGAGGCGGCCCGCUCCUGUCCAAGGAGGGCAAGCCCCUCCAGCCCUUCACGUUGUUGGGAUCCGGGUCGAGGCAGGAGCUGCGGCGAGGGGUGUUCCGGUCCGGGCACAAUCUGCCGACCAUGUCGAUCGACGAGUAUCUGGAGGAGGAGCGGCGGCAGGGCAACAUUCUCGAAGGCGGCACGCAGCCCAAGACGGUGGUGGACGAAGACGACAUGGAUGCGGUGGAUCGGGAGACGUACAAGGCCAGAGCCUGGGAUGAUUAUACGGAUGAUAACCGGAAGGGGUCGGGAAACACGCUCAACAUGGGUUAG